AUGGCGUCGAAUUUCAAGUCCAUUCAUCUCCACCAUAACAUCCCCGACCUCUCUGGUUCUUUUGAAAUCACCUGUUCCCCUGGAACCGAUAUUUGGGACAAGCCGCCUGCAACACACUCGUUCAAUGCGCCAAUCAUUUACAAAACCAGCACAGUCGGCACAUUCAAGUCCGCGAAAGUGACAGUCGCAGCCCCUUGGAAGGACAAAUACGAUCAAGGCGGUCUGUGUCUGGUCAUACAAACAGCAGAUACCCGUCGCUGGGUGAAGACGGGCAUUGAAUUCCUCGACAAUGUGCCGUUGGUGGGCACUGUGGCAAAGGACCGGUGGGCAGAUUGGAGCCUCAGGCCUCUGCUGGCUGAAACCCUGAGCAUUGAGCACACGGCCAUUGUUGAGAUCGAGAACGCAAGUGACGGAAGCCUCUGGGUCUGGCUGGUCAGUGAAAGCGGGAAGAGGUUACCGCUGAGAGAAGUGACGUGGUGGGGAGAUCUGCCCAAGGACACAGAGAUUUGGGUUGGCGUUUAUGCCGCGAAACCGGCGCCACAUGGGGAGAAGGACGAUCUGGUUGUUACAUUUGAGGGGUUGAACAUCCAGUAG